AUGGGUUUCUUCUGUUGGAAAGAAAGUGAGAGGCGAGCGAGUAUUUUAUACUUACUAUCUCACCUGAUUCAUACAUUUAUUCCAUCUUUUAUUUUCUUUGCAUCUCUCCUCCAUUUUUCCACUCUUUCUUUGCAUCUCUCCUCUCUUUUUACUUCUCUUUCUUUGCAUCUCUUCUCUCUUUUUACUUCUCUUUCUUUGCAUCUCUCCUCUCUUUUUACUUCUCUUUCUUUGCAUCUCUUCUCUCUUUUUACUUCUCUUUCUUAUUGUCUCUUCUCUCUUUUUACUUCUCUUUCUUUGCAUCUCUUCUCUCUUUUUACUUCUCUUUCUUUCAUCUCUCCUCUCUUUUUACUUCUCUUUCUUUGCAUCUCUCCUCUCUUUUUACUUCUCUUUCUUUGCAUCUCUUCUCUCUUUUUACUUCUCUUUCUUUGCAUCUCUCCUCUCUUUUUACUUCUCUUUCUUUGCAUCUCUUCUCUCUUUUUACUUCUCUUUCUUUGCAUCUCUCCUCUCUUUUUACUUCUCUUUCUUUGCAUCUCUCCUCUCUUUUUACUUCUCUUUCUUUGCAUCUCUUCUCUCUUUUUUGCUUCUUUUCUUUGCAUCUCUCCUCUUUUUUACUUCUCUUUCUUUGCAUCUCUUCUCUUUUUUUACUUCUCUUUCUUUGCAUCUCUUCUCUCUUUUACUUCUCUUUCUUUGCAUCUCUUCUCUUUUUUACUUCUCUUUCUUUGCAUCUCUCCUCUUUUUACUUCUCUUUCUUUUGCAUCUCUUCUCUCUUUUACUUCUUUCUUUUGUCUCUUCUCUCUUUUUACUUCUCUUUCUUUGCAUCUCUUCUCUCUUUUUCUUCUCUUUUCAUCUCUCCUCUCUUUUUACUUCUCUUUCUUCCAUCUCUCCUCUCUUUUUUGCUUCUCUUUCUUUCUUCUCUCCUCUCUCUUUUUACUUCUCUUUCUUUUGCAUCUCUUCUCUCUUUUUACUUCUCUUUCUUUAUCUCUCUCUUUUACUUCUCUUUCUUUUGCUUCUCCUCUUUUUUACUUCUCUUUCUUUGCAUCUCUUCUCUCUUUUACUUCUCUUUCUUUGCAUCUCUUCUCUCUUUUACUUCUUUUCUUUGCAUCUCUUCUCUCUUUUUUACUUCUCUUUCUUUGCAUCUCUUCUCUUUUACUUCUCUUUCUUUGCAUCUCUUCUCUCUUUUUGAUUCUCUUUCUUUGCAUCUCUUCUCUCUUUUACUUCUCUUUCUUUGCAUCUCUCCUCUCUUUUUUACUUCUCUUUUUCUCUUCUUUUUUUGAUUUCUUUCUUUUGUAUCUCUCCUCUCUUUUUACUUCUCUUUCUUUGCAUCUCUCCUCUCUUUUUACUUCUCUUUCUUUGCAUCUCUUCUCUCUUUUUACUUCUCUUUCUUUGCAUCUCUUCUCUCUUUUUACUUCUCUUUCUUUGCAUCUCUUCUCUCUUUUUACUUCUCUUUCUUUGCAUCUCUUCUCUCUUUUUACUUCUCUUUCUUUCAUCUCUCCUCUCUUUUUACUUCUCUUUCUUAUUGUCUCUUCUCUCUUUUUACUUCUCUUUCUUUGCAUCUCUUCUCUCUUUUUACUUCUCUUUCUUUGCAUCUCUCCUCUCUUUUUACUUCUAUUUCUUUGCAUCUCUCCUCUCUUUUUACUUCUCUUUCUUUGCAUCUCUUCUCUUUUUACUUCUCUUUCUUUGCAUCUCUCCUCUCUUUUUUUUUCUUUCUUUUUGCAUCUCUUCUCUCUUUUUACUUCUCUUUCUUUGCAUCUCUCCUCUCUUUUUACUUCUCUUUCUUUGCAUCUCUUCUCUCUUUUUACUUCUCUUUCUUUGCAUCUCUUCUCUCUUUUCCUUCUCUUUCUUUGCAUCUCUCUCUUUUUCCACUCUUUCUUUGCAUCUCUCCUCUCUUUUUUUACUUCUCUUUCUUUGCAUCUCUCCUCUUUUUUACUUCUAUUUCUUUGCAUCUCUCCUCUCUUUUUACUUCUCUUUCUUUGCAUCUCUCCUCUCUUUUACUUCUCUUUCAUUCUUCUCUCUUUUACUUCUCUUUCUUUGCAUUUCUUCUCUCUUUUUACUUCUCUUUCUUUGCAUCUCUCCUCUCUUUUUGCCUUCUCUUUCUUUGCAUCUCUUCUCUCUUUUUACUUCUCUUUCUUUUGUCUCUCUCUCUCUUUUUCCACCUCUCUUCCGUUGCAUCUCUUCUCUCUUUUUCCUCUUUCUUUGCAUCUCUCCUCUCUUUUACUUCUCUUUCUUUGCAUCUCUUCUCUCUUUUACUUCUCUUUCUUUGCAUCUCUUCUCUCUUUUUUACUUCUCUUUCUUUGCAUCUCUUCUCUUUUUUACUUUCUCUUUCUUUGCAUCUCUCCUCUCUUUUUACUUCUUUUCUUUGCAUCUCUUCUCUCUUUUACUUCUCUUUCUUUUGCAUCUCUUCUCUCUUUUUUACUUCUCUUUCUUUGCAUCUCUUCUCUCUUUUUUUACUUCUUUCUUUGCAUCUCUUCUCUCUUUUACUUCUUUUUCUUUGCAUCUCUCCUCUUUUUACUUCUCUUUCUUUGCAUCUCUUCUCUCUUUUACUUCUCUUUCUUUGCAUCUCUCUCUUUUCUUCUCUUUCUUUGCAUCUCUUCUCUCUUUUUACUUCUCUUCCUUUGCAUCUCUUCUCUCUUUUUACUUCUCUUUCUUAUUGUCUCUUCUCUCUUUUUUCCUCUCUUCUGUUGCAUCUCUUCUCUCUUUUUUCCACUCUUUCUUUGUAUCUCUCCUCUCUUUUUACUUCUCUUUCUUUGCAUCUCUCCUCUCUUUUUACUUCUCUUUCUUUGCAUCUCUUCUCUCUUUUACUUCUCUUUCUUAUUGUCUCUUCUCUCUUUUUCCUCUCUUCCGUUGCAUCUCUUCUCUCUUUUUCCACUCUUUCUUUGUAUCUCUCCUCUUUUUACUUCUCUUCCUUUGCAUCUCUUCUCUCUUUUUACUUCUCUUUCUUAUUGUCUCUUCUCUCUUUUUUCCUCUCUUCUGUUGCAUCUCUUCUCUCUUUUUUCCACUCUUUCUUUGUAUCUCUCCUCUCUUUUUACUUCUCUUUCUUUGCAUCUCUCCUCUCUUUUUACUUCUCUUUCUUUGCAUCUCUUCUCUCUUUUUACUUCUCUUUCUUAUUGUCUCUUCUCUCUUUUUUCCUCUCUUCCGUUGCAUCUCUUCUCUCUUUUUUCCACUCUUUCUUUGUAUCUCUCCUCUCUUUUUACUUCUCUUUCUUUGCAUCUCUCCUCUCUUUUUACUUCCCUUUCUUUGCAUCUCUUCUCUCUUUUUACUUCUCUUUCUUAUUGUCUCUUCUCUCUUUUUUCCUCUCUUUCUUUGUAUCUUUCUUUCUUUUUUGCUCUUUCUUCAUUUCAUUCAAAUUUCCUUUCUGCCAUUUCUUUCCUACCUCCUAUUUUUUUCUUGCUUUCUUUUUUUUUUCUUCAUCUUCUUUAUUCUUUUCAUUAUCCCUUCUUCUUUACCGUCAUUUUUCUGUCAUUACUCUUUUCAUUCUUUUUCCUAUUUUCCUUCAUCUAUUCCUUCUUUUGGUUUCUGGAUUCCUAUGGUAGUUUUGUUUCGUCAGUCAUAGAAGAUCUGUUAACACAACAUUAUAAAUGA